AUGAUAGCCGAAUCGGCUAUUACCGCUCUCAAAACUCAGCUCAGGUCGGCCAAGGUCUACACCCCCGACUCAGAGGGCUAUCACAAUACACUUCAACGAUGGUCCGACACCGGCUCUAAACCAGCGGGAAUCGUGGUCAUGCCGACUGAUGCCGAGGAUAUCCGAGCCGCUUUACUCUGGGCUCAAGAGAACCACAUCGACCUCGCCGUCAAAGGUGGCGGCCACUCUGUGGCUGGCACCAGCUCCUCUGACGGUGGUCUAGUCAUUGACCUAUCCUUGAUAAAGUCCGUCUCCGUGGACCCAGCUGCCAAAACUGUCACGGUCGGCGGUGGCGCCACCUGGAAGGAAGUCGACGAGGCCGCUGCUGAGCACGGACUGGCCGCUGUGGGAGGCACCGUCAGCCAUACAGGUGUUGGCGGCCUUACCCUAGGCGGCGGAUAUGGCUGGCUCAGCGGCCAGUACGGCCUCACCAUCGACAAUCUCCUAUCUGCAACGGUCGUCCUGGCCGACGGACAGAUCGUGACAGCGUCCGCGACAGAAAACGCCGAUCUCUUCUGGGGCCUCCGCGGCGCCGGCUACAACUUUGGCGUCGUGACGAGCUUCACCUACCAGGCCCACGAGCAGCCCAACCCCGUUUACGCGGGGCUGCUGGCCUUCCCCCCAGACAAAGUCGAACAGGUCAUCGAGCAGCUCAACCUCACCCUCGAAAACCCGGACCCCCGCAGCGGCGCCAUCUGCAUUUUCGCCCAGCCGCCCGGCGCGCCCGUCCCCAUGGCCAACGUGAUCGUCUUCUACAAUGGCACCCAAGAGCAAGGCGAGAAGCGCUUCGCGGGUCUGCUGUCACUCGACCCCGUCGUCAACACCACCGCCAUGAUCCCCUACUCGCAGCUCAACACCCUGCAGAAUCCGAUGGCCACCUACGGCGGCCGCAAGUCCUUCAAGGGCGUCUUCUUCCACCCGCCGCUGGCCCCGGCGUUUGCGCGCAGUAUGCUCGCUGACUUGACGGUCCGGCUGCAGGCGGAACCUGACCUCGCUGCGUCGGCCCUCCUCCUCGAGUUCUACGAUAUGCGCGCCAUCUGUGCGGUGCCGCGCCAUGCGACGGCGUUUGCCAGCCGCAGUAGCACGCAGAAUGGGCUGAUUAACCUGCGGUGGACGGAUGCGCGCAAGGACGGGGAGCACCGGGCUUGGGCGCGCGAGCAGCAGGCGCGCUGGAAGGCCGAGUUGGACGCGAGGUAUAUCAACUAUGCCGAGCCGGGUGACUCGGUGGUGAACAACAUCUACGGCGAGAAUCUGGGAAGACUGCAGGAGCUGAAGGCCAAGUAUGAUCCCAACAAUGUGUUUCACAAGAUGCACCCGAUCAGUCUGUAG